UUUCGGUGGGGUUUUGAAAAGGAUGCCGCACCCCAAACGGGCCCUAUCCUGCAAUUUACGAUAGAAGCGCAAGCGCCGUCUAGAUUGUCACAGUUGGUGAAGUGGAUUCUUCCUUGCUGACACUUCGACUAGGAUGAGCUCGGCAGCGCUGGGAUUGGUUGUCCGAGAUGUUGGAUUCCUGCCUAAGAAUGCUUCGAGAAAUUCAGAAGGACGGAUAUUUUGGAUCAAAGGAUCUGUGUUUACUUCACCGCAUGGUCUAAACAUGAGACCGAAGAGCUCAACAAAAGCUGUUCGUGUGGGGAAAAGACGGUCGCUUGGUUCUGAAAAGUCGGCCAGUUUUUUGUGUUACUAUGGCCUUACAACCCCUCCUUAUAAGCUUGAUGCUUUAGAACCAUUCAUGAGCAAGAGGACAUUGGAACUACAUUGGGGAGUUUAUCACCGUGAUUGUGUUGAGCGCUUGAAUGAGCAGCUCAAGAACAGUUCAUUAUAUGGCAGCACCCUGGAAGAACUUGUCAAAACCACCUACAACAACGGGAAUCCAUUACCAGAGUUCAAUAAUGCUGCGGAGGCUUGGAAUCACGACUUUUUUUGGGAAUCAAUGCAACCGGAUAGUGGCAGUAUGCCUUGGGGAAGCUUGCUUCAUCAAAUUGAAAAGGAUUUUGGAUCGUUUUCCAAUUUUAAGGAUAAAUUCAUGGAAUCUGCAAUGGGAUUGUUUGGUUCUGGUUGGAUUUGGCUAGUCUUGAAGAGAGAGGAGAAAAUGCUUGCUGUGGUUAGAACAUCACAUGCUGUUUGCCCUCUAAUUUUUGGUGAUUUUCCAAUUAUAUCUCUUGAUAUGUGGGAGCAUGCUUAUUAUCUGGAUUAUAAGGAAGAUAGAAGAAGAUACGUGAGCAAUUACAUGAACCAUCUAGUGUCAUGGCAUUCAGCUACAUUACGUAUUGUUCGAGCCGAGGCUUUUGUAAAUCUUGGAGAGCCAAAAGUUCCCAGUGGCAUGAGAGCUUGAAGAAUUUCUUUCCUCCAUGGUCCAUGGAAUCGUACACCGCCAUAAUGACGAAUUCAAUACAUAAUCAGUUCUAAUCAGGAUGUAAGCAACAUAUCGGGAUACUUCCCAGGAUGACUUGUAUUGAGCCAUUUGUUGUGUGGAGGAUGACUUGUAUUGAGGCACUUGUUUUUGAUGAAAUAGUCUAUUUUUGUUAUUUUUAUGAGGAUGUUUUGAGGCAUUUGUAAUCAGGAUAUUUUUAUCCUUGCAUAUGAUGCCAAAUUUUGGAUAAAUUCUUAUAA